CCCUGGUCCAAAAGAAAAGAGACUUCAGUGCCACUCCAUGUCAAGCGCAUAUGCCAUCUUUCUACUAAGGUGAGAAGACAGUAUACUGUAGAUGUUGCAUAAAGGCAGCAUGGAGACGAUAUGAAGUUACCGAUUAUGCAUCAUUUGUGGACCACAAUGUAAAGCUGUGAUUGAAUAGUUCAGAUACAGAGUUCAGCUGGAAGAAAAGCCCUUCUGGCAAGCAGAAUGACUGAAGGUGUAGAUGUUCCUCAGACCACAAGAACCAAUAUAAUCAAUGGCUCCAUUACCCACCUGACAAGAUCCCGGGCUGAUGCUAUUCAAUGCCCUGAGAAAUGGAGCGGGACGUCCUCUUCACAUCUUUCAGAUACGGUGCCAGUGCAGGACCAGGAACAUUGCUGCAAGCUUGAGGAUCAGGAUAAUCAGGAAGGAGCUUCCUCCAGCCUCCACGAGGGGCUGCAGUGCCAUAUAGAAGUGGCAGGAGAGCAACACAGUGGACACCUGGCACCUGAUGGAGGCUGGGGUUGGGCUGUACUAACAGCUACUAUCCUGGUCUUGGCACUCACCCUCGCCUUCCCCUCCUGCAUUGGCAUCUUUUACACAGAUUUGCAAAAAGAGUUUCAAGCAAGCAACUCUGAAACCUCCUGGGUGCCUGCCAUCAUGACAGCAGUAUUACAUGCAGGAGGCCCUGUGUGCAGCAUUCUCGUGGAGAGCUUCGGCUGUCGUACAACAAUAAUGUUGGGAGGGAUCCUGAGUGGACUCGGGAUGGUAGUUAGCUCUUUUGCUCAGAAGAUGGCAGACCUGUACAUUUCCACUGGAGUCAUCACAGGACUGGGAUUCUGCUUGUGCUUUCAGCCAUCUGUCACCAUGGUGGGCCAUUACUUUGUACGGCGCCGUGCCUUUGCAAGUGCCCUCUCUUCCACGGGAACAGCCCUGGGUUUAAGCACUCUGCCCUUGCUGGCCAACUUUCUGCUAGGGCAGUUUGGCUGGCGAGGCAGCUUCUUGAUACUGGGAGGAGUGGUGCUCAACUGCUGUGUGUGUGGGGCUGUCAUGAGGCCUCUGCAUACCAAAAGGAAGGUGAAGGCAAUUCAGAUAGAGUCAGUGCAUCCACUGCUUAAAACCAAUGGUCUUCUUGCACAGCAGGAGCAUAAAAGGCUGAAGGGGCAUCUGCAGAGCACCCUGUCAAAGAUGGUGCCCUUCAUGUAUAGGCAUAUGGCAAUAGACCUAAUACGCACUCACCCACGCUUUCUUGUCUAUGCUUUGGGUGUGUCAUGGAUGAUGCUGGGGUUUUUAGUGCCACUUGUCUACCUGGUGCCGUAUGCUACUGCACAUGGGAUAGAACAGGAGCGUGCUGCUCUGCUUAUGGCUGUCCUUGGUCUGGUCAAUGUCACAGUAAGACCAACGGCAGCACUGCUGUUUGGACUUAAGCGCUUCCGUGGAAGCCACCACUUUAUCUACGUGUUUGCUUGUGCCCUCUUGGUCAAUGGCCUGAGCAAUUGUGUGUGUGCUGCGGUAACCGAUUUCCAGGCACUCCUGUCCUAUGUGCUGGUUUUCGCUGCUUCUAUGAGUAUCGUAGGUUCACUGCUCUAUACUGUAUUGAUGGAGACGGUGGAGAUGAGUCGGUUCCAGUCAGCCCUGGGCCUCAUCAGCAUCAUGGAGAGUGUCAUGCUCCUUCUGGGCCCACCUCUAGCAGGACUGUUGGCAGAUUUUACUGGGCAGUACAGCUAUGUGUUCCUCUUCUGCAGCGUGUCUGUUUCCACUGCUGGCCUCUUCAUUAUGGUGUCCUUCUACUGGUUGGACAGACAGUGUAGCAAAAAAGAGAAGAGGUCUUUCUCUGAACACAACUACAAUUUGAAGCCCAGUAUUAGUCUGGCUACUGAUGUUGAAGGAAACCAAUUGCCUUUACAGAAGAAGAUGGUUCAAGACACUGGUACUGCCACUAAUGUUUAAAUGGUGAAGUGUAAAAUGCAUUUCUAAAUACUACCAAUAUUAUUUCAGAUCAUACAGGAGUGCACAUGUAUAUUUCCCUUCCCUUUCAUUUGAUCAUUUCCCAGUCACGCAGCUCAGUAGUGAAUUUGCACGUAACGGUAGUGACAUUUGUCUUUAUUUGACUAAAUUAACACGCAGCCAACUGGCACAAAACACUAGCAGCCAAGUGAAUAUUGUUUUAUUGCUAUAGUUAAUUUUGUAUUUCUGCAGAUAUGUACAAAAUUAUUUUAUUCAGUUAUAACUUUUGUUUGAAGAACUACUUCCAUCUGAAUCAUCUAGCUGCCUAAGGUUAUGAUAUAGUUGUAGGUCAUGCCCAAUGAAGGAUGUUUGCUCUUUGCUAAUAUAUGGGAAUAAUUCUAGAAUUAUUUAUACUGUGAAAAACCAUGAUAGCCUUCUUCAAAUUAAUAGCCUUGU